AUGCGUUUCUUAUUGGUUUUGGCUUUUGCCACGGUUGCCUUGGCCGGCACCGUAUUGCCCCAACAGGGUCUACGCCCCUUGGCCGAGAUGGCUGAUAGUGAUGGUGAAAUUGAUUUCUUGGCUGAGAAUCAAGAUGGUACCGUUGAAAAUUUUUAUAUUAAUGUUUUCCGAAUUUUAGUCGCUCCCAGCUUCAUUGUCUCCUGGCAAGUACGUCGCAUGAUCCGUAAAAUCCAAAAGCAAAUGCCCUGUGGCUGGCCCCAAUACGGUAUUCCCCCACUAGCUCCCUUGAAGGUUCGCGAAGCUGAAAUUGAAUUGAAAAAGGGUAUCUUUGAAACUAUCGAUAAGGUCUUCAAAUUCCGCAUUGACGGUUUGGAUAAAUUCGUUAUUCAACAAUUCAAAUUGAACGUCAUCAAGUCCAAGAUCACCUUCGAUUUCUUGUUCAAGGAUAUUGUUACUUCCGCCUCGAAAUAUGAUACCAACAGCAUUUUGGAUGCUAUGCGUCAAUUGGGUCUUUCCGUUCAAUACGAAGGUGAAGGUACUUUGGACUUUGGUUUGAAGAAUUUGCGUAUUGCAGGUACCAUCAAAUACAAAAUUCCAAUCUUGUGGGGCUCCAUCAAGAUCACCUCCAUGAAGACUCAAGUUUCUUUGGGCGCUUGCACUUCGGAAAUUACCGGUUUCAUGGGUAAUGGCGCUGUCAACCGUAUGAUCAAUCGUCAAAUUGAAAAUGUCGUCGAAAUGGGCAUCAAUAACAACCAAGAAGCCAUCUCCGAUAUGAUCGAAGAAACCCUUGUCCCCAAGGUCAACAAGAUGUUGAAGGGUAACGAUUUCUGGACCAUCAUCGAUAUGAUCUUCUCGAGCACCGAAGGCGAACAAGAAGAUGAUCCUAUUGUUGUUAACUGUGUUCCUCCUCAAGAUCCCUGGGCUUAA